GCGCUCAUCCACUCGCGUAAACGACACUGUUGCUGCCAGUGCUCCGCGUCUGCGCCUGCUUGAUGACAGUCCCGAGUGACAGCAAGGAAGGCAACGCGGCUUUUAUUCUUCUCUUUUUUUCGAUUUCUGUCAUAAAACUAUUGGACGUCACAAUGAAGCUGAAAACAUAAGUUCAGGACGCACGCGGAGACAAACGUUUGUUUUUUUUAGCAGAUAAGCAUCGCCGGGAUGCAGAAUUGAAGUCUUGAGAUUUGUCAUCGCCAUGUCAAAGCCAAUGGAUCACGUAAAACGUCCUAUGAAUGCCUUUAUGGUGUGGUCCCGAGCCCAAAGAAGGAAAAUGGCUCAAGAAAAUCCCAAAAUGCACAACUCUGAAAUCAGCAAGCGGCUGGGAGCGGAGUGGAAACUUCUGACAGAGUCUGAGAAGAGGCCGUUUAUAGACGAGGCUAAAAGACUUCGCGCCAUGCAUAUGAAGGAGCACCCCGACUACAAGUACAGACCGAGGAGGAAGCCAAAGACACUCAUGAAGAAAGACAAGUUUUCCUUCCCGGUGCCCUAUAACCUCGGGGAGCACGAGGCGCUCAAGGUGAGCGGCCUUUCAGCUGGAGCUCUUUCGGACUCUGUCAUUGGAAACCCAGAUAAAGCCGCGGCCGCAGCUGCUGCCGCUGCAGCGCGUGUUUUCUUCAAUCCGUCCAUGUCCACGAACCCUUACUCCUUUUUCGAUCUGGGAUCCAAAAUGACUGAACUUACGCCACCUUCUUUCCCGUACGCCUCCCCAUUAGGGUACCCACCUGGAAGCGCUACAGCCGCUGCGUUCGCCGGGGCAGGUGGCGUGGGCGGAGGCACGCACACUCACACGCACUCGCACCCAUCACCUGGGAACCCGGGCUACAUGAUCCCGUGUAACUGUACGGCGUGGCCCUCAGCGGGUCUCCAGCCGCCUUUAGCCUACAUUCUGCUGCCUGGCAUGGGCAAACCUCAACUUGAACCUUACCCUGCGUAUGCAGCAGCGUUAUGAUAGGACACCUUCAAUAAUGUGAACUUACUACGAAGAAGAGAAAAGUUUUAUUAUGCAUGCACAAACUUGUACAUGUGAUGAAGUUCUCGUGGUCUCACAUAUCACAUGUGUUCUGUAUAUGAUUAUACCUUUAUCUAUAAGGUUAUUAAGACACUCUCUGGACAAUAAGAGCUCUUUUUAUGUUUGGAAGCACUGGCUCAAAAUGGAAGAGUUUUGAAAAUGACUGUAAAUGUGUACACAAGGAAACAAUCGCCUCUUGAUUUGCCACUCAAGGCUUGUGUUUUACAUAGGGCCUGUUUCACUUCUCCGUUUUAGUGUAUAUACCUACUUUGAGUUUUACCCCCAAAAACCUGUUUAUAGAUGUCUGUAAUAUUUAUUUGUUUUAGUGGAAUUUAUGGUGACGAAAGCUACACUGGAUAUGUCUUAUUUGCACAUGAGGGUGUAAGUUAUUUCUCUCGUCCAACACACUGGCUUUAUUACGAUUAUAGGCAACUUUUUACCCCCUCGCUCUUAUUGCUCUUAUCUUGUGCUACAGACAAAACAGCGUUUUAACUAACUCUUAUGGACUUUGUAUGUUUUGUGUUUUCUUUCAAACAUCCCUUCUGUAUUUCAAUCUAUUGCUACUUGUUGAGCGUAA